AUGAAAAGUGAUGAAAUUGUUUUUAUGGUCUCUAUCAAAUGUAGUUUAUCAGAGAGAUUCAGUUAUGCACUUGAAGAGUAUGAAAAUUUGUCCCAACGUCAAGACCGUCAUGAUUCCAUAACUUUUCAGACUCAUUUAUCUAAACUUAUAGGCGAGUUUCAGAUAAUAUUGAGGUUAAUUGACUCGCUCUCGCUAUUCAGUGAGAACGAACCCAUUUCAGAACUCACCACAUCAUACAUUCCGUACUUGAACACCUGGUACUACUUGGCAAAUUUAUAUACACGUCUUCUAUUGAAAGAAGGUGUUGGAAUUGCAAUUGACAAUAAAGUGGGUUAUCUUGAGCAGGCGAAAUUGUUUCUUAUUGAAUUUUUAACAAAUGUGGGAAACUAUGAGCAAUUGAACAAGGACCAACGGGAGAAAUUGGGGAUGUUGAAGCGCGGAGAAGAGAUUGUACAAUCACCACAAUUAAAACGCCAGGAAAAAAUUGAAAAUUUCAGAAAGGAGAAAGACUUGAAAAAGAAACUUGAAACUUUUAAGCAAUUGAAAUCAACUGGGAAAAGUAGGGAAGCGGAUGUUGAUGAGGAGGUAAUAAGAAAAAUGUACCUCGAUCAGGUACAGUUACAUAUCCUCAAUUCUUUCAACUUGGCUGAUCUGAUAGCCAUGGAACUUGCUGUACUAUCAAAUAGGCCAAAGAUACUGGAAAUUACGCAAGGUGCAAAUUUUGAAAUGGCACGACUGCAAGGGAUUGAUGACGACAGAGUCAGACAACAAACAGACCCAACGGGGUUUACAACCCGGGUGGAACAAGUGCCAAAAUCUAAAGCGCAAAUAUCUGAUUUAAUUAGUAAGCAAGGCAAGAUAUUACAACCAUUUACCAUCACGAGUAAUAGACGAGAAGAAAUGAAACAACGGGUUUUUGGAACUGGCCAAGUAUUGCCAUCUAUGACAGUUGAAGAAUAUCUUGAUUAUGAAUUGGCCAAUGGUAAAAUGAUGAAGGAAGAGCCAAAGAAAAGUGCGUUGAGCGAUGACAAUGAUGAUGACUAUGACGAUGAUGAAGACGAUGAAGCGCAAUUGGAGAAAAGGAGAUGGGAUGAUUGGAAAGAUGAUAAUCCAAAAGGUUCAGGUAAUACAAUGGGAAACAUUGGUUAA